AUGCUGGUGCACGCUUAUUCCGCCAUGGAGCGCCCCGACGGGCUGGGUGCAGCGGCUGGCGGAGCCCGCCUGUCGUCUUUACCCCAGGCAGCCUAUGGGCCGGCGCCGCCGCUCUGCCACACGCCGGCUGCCGCCGCUGCCGCCGACUUUCAGCCGCCCUACUUCCCGCCGCCCUACCCGCAGCCGCCGCUGCCCUACGGCCAGGCCCCGGAUGCCGCCGCCGCCUUUCCCCACCUGGCCGGGGACCCGUAUGGCGGCCUGGCGCCCCUGGCGCAGUCGCAGCCUCCACAGGCCGCUUGGGCCGCUCCCCGCGCUGCCGCCCGCGCCCACGACGAACCGCCCGGCCUGCUGGCGCCGCCCCCCCGCGCCCUGGGCCUGGACCUGCGCCGCGACUACACCGCCACUGUGCCCCGGCUCCUGCACGGCCUGGCCGACGGCGCGCAUGGCCUGGCCGAUGCGCCCCUUGGCCUCCCCGGGCUGGCAGCGCCGCCCAACCUGGAAGACCUGCAGGCCAUGGAUGAGCCGGGAAUGAGCCUCCUGGACCAGUCUGUGAUAAAGAAAGUCCCCAUCUCCUCCAAAGCCAGCAGCCUCUCAGCCCUCUCAUUGGCCAAAGACAGCCUGGUUGGUGGCAUCACGAACCCCAGUGAGGUCUUCUGCUCUGUGCCUGGCCGGCUCUCACUGCUCAGCUCAACAUCCAAGUACAAGGUGACGGUGGGGGAGGUGCAGCGGCGACUCUCGCCUCCUGAGUGCCUCAACGCUUCCCUCCUGGGGGGCGUCCUCCGCAGGGCCAAGUCCAAGAAUGGAGGCCGGUGCCUGAGGGAACGGCUGGAGAAGAUCGGGCUCAACCUGCCAGCAGGCCGGCGCAAGGCUGCCAAUGUGACGCUGCUGACUUCACUGGUGGAGGGAGAGGCCGUGCACCUGGCCCGAGACUUCGGCUAUGUCUGUGAGACUGAGUUCCCAGCCAAGGCAGCUGCCGAGUACCUGUGCCGACAGCACGCUGACCCCGGGGAACUGCACAGCCGCAAAAACAUGCUGCUGGCUGCCAAGCAGAUCUGUAAGGAGUUUGCGGACUUGAUGGCUCAGGACCGCUCACCACUGGGCAACAGCCGUCCAGCACUCAUCCUGGAGCCCGGCGUGCAGAGUUGCCUGACACACUUUAGCCUCAUCACGCAUGGCUUUGGAGGGCCCGCCAUCUGUGCUGCCCUCACUGCCUUCCAGAACUACUUGCUGGAGUCACUCAAGGGGCUGGACAAGAUGUUUCUAAGCAGUGCGGGCAGUGGGCAUGGUGACACCAAGGCUUCGGAAAAGGAUGGCAAGCAUCGGAAAUAAUCACUCCCCAAGGCCACCCUUAGGGGUUCCACAGGUCUGAAAUGAGGCCUUAGCUCCUGGGGGUGGGCAGUGUUGGGGUUGAGGUCAGACCAGGAAGAGACCAUAUAUCCAGAAACCCGAGUUAGGGAUCUGGGUUGAAGUCAGGGGUGUAGCCUUUCUGUGGUGGUUUUUUUUUGUAAGUUAAGGGCCUGGGCAUCAGCCUCACAUGUGCUGUUUUCUGAGCUUUGAUUGUUGAGAGGGUCUUGGGCAGGAAGUUGGCAUGGAAGGGUCUGGCUCAUUAGAAUGCCUGGGCAGCAGUGGGCAUUCUUAGAGGCCAAGGCCUGUUUUUUACUGAUGGCAGGAGGGAAAGUGUUAACAAAUCAGCGGUGCUAUUGAGGGAUUAACACCCCUCAUUCCCAGAUCUACUCCCCUAGAAAAGGGGUGCUGUUAGGAGGGCCCAUAUGCUCUUUGGACCCCUUCUAUUCUGGGAAAGUGGGCAGGAGGAGUCUUCAAGGAACAAAGAACAUAAAGCACAAAUUGCAGAACUUGAAUCCAGGCUGUGUUUCACAGCCCUGUUGCUGUCUGUCCUAUUUAUUUAUAUAUGUGGUAAUUAAAUCUGGAAGUUUUAAAGUGUCCAGUGCAACUUAUUUAUCCCAAUGAGUUGGGGACUUUUGUUUUACUGUUUUUUGCUCAUGCCCCAAGACAUCCAGUUGGACCAGGAUGAAGAGGGUUUUUACUUGCA